AUGGAGUUGUGCGCCGGCGGGGAGCUAUUUGAUCAGAUUAUAGCUAAGGGAUAUUAUUCAGAGCGUGCGGCAGCUGGCCUCUGCCGUACCGAUGAAGAUUCGCUAUUGAAAGCUACUGACUUUGGUCUCUCGGUGUUUUUUCAAACUAGGGCGCUUCUAAGCCCAGCAAGGAUCAGUGUAGACCUUACUCUUCCAUGGGUGAAUGAGUCGAGAUCAGCAAUAUGGUUGAAGAACGAGAAAUACAAAGAAAAGAAAAAAAGAAAGGGUAAAGAAUUUGAGGUUGCACUUGGGGAGAUGGCUGAGCUACUAAUAGCUAAAUAUGAUGCUGACAAGUUGCCACAAGGAAAGCUAAGACUAUCUUAUUAUACAAUGAGUAUAUUGCUUACAAUGUCGAUCAAAUCAGAAUGCGCUAUGUUGUUCAUACUUCCUUGGCAUAUUGAACGUGGUAAACUUCUUUUAGAGCUGAAUCGUCUCCUACGACCUGGUGGCUACUUUGUUUUGUCUGCUACUCCAAUCAAUCAGAAACUUCCAGAAGAUGUUGAGAUUUGGGAAGCCAUGACAAAGUUAACAAAGGCAAUGUGUUGGGAACUUAUAGUUGUUAAUAAGGAUAAAGUAAAUAAAGUGGGAGUUGUUGUUUAUCAAAAGCCCAUGUCUAAUGAAUGCUAUGAAGGAAGACCCCAAAAUGACCCUCCACUCUCCAAUGAAUCCGAUGAUCCAAAUGCUGCAUGGAAAGUACCUCUGCAAACAUGCAUGCAUAAGGUACCAAUAGGUGCAGAAGUGCGUGGGUCCCAAUGGCCAAAAGAAUGGCCAGCAAGGGUGGAAAAAGCACCUUACUGGUUGUGA